AAUUUGAUUUCUUUUACAGAAGAGUUCCAAAGUAAUUUUCUAAUUCGGGAAGGACUUAAAAGCUAUACAAGCAAUCAUGCCAGGGGCACUCAUUGACCGACCAAAGAUGACAAAGACAAUGUACCAGGCCUUGAAAAGGCAUAUAAUGAAGGAAAGAGAAAGGAAAAAACAGGCACAAGAGCAAGAUGCAAUAAUGAUGGAAAGAUUGAAGAAAGAAGAAGAGAUGAGGAAGAAAAAAGAACAAGAGGACAGUUUAACUUUGGAACAAACAAAAGAACAGAUUGCCCAACUUGACAAAAAGAUGGAAGAACUUAAGACAGAGAAGCAUGAACUGUUCUCACAGCUGAAGAAAGUUUUGCACCAAGAAGACGAGAGUCGUAAAAAAGCUCAGUUGAAAGAACAAAGUGAGUUGCAGAUUAUGCAGCACAGUACAGUCCUAGGUCUGCCUCAUGCCAUGUCUGGUCGUCCUAUGUUAUACAGACCGCCCCAGCCAACCAGCAUGGUUCAGCCAGUGAGCAUGAAAAGAGGACGUAGCCCCUCUCCCCCACCCUCACAGUCCUAUCAGUAUAGCAACAAAAUGAUGGCUGUAGAGAAGCCACACCCUUAUCCCCACUCCACACAGCCUGACUACAAGCAGCCCUCUAACUUCCCCCAGACCCAGGCUGGACCUGUGUACCCCAGUCAGUCGGCUUCUAGUCAUGCCUAUCAGCAGGCGGGCUAUGUCCCCAGUAAGUCUCCGGUCAAGUACAACCCCGGGGGACAGUCCGCGUUCUCCUCCUACUCCAAUCCCUACGCACAUCAGCAAUCCAAACAGCUCCAAGAGUCUGGUUACCCAGGGUACAGGAUGCAGCAACCAGGUUAUAUAGCCACUCAACAUGGCUCAAAUAUCCCCCUGCAGAAACAACUUGAACAUGCCAAUCAGCAAUCUGGUUUUAAUGAAGAAAAAUAUAAAUUGCAACAACAGGGAUCAGCCAUCAGAGGCGUUGCACCAAUGGCAGCACAGCAACCCAUCAUGCACCAGUCAUUGCAAAUGCAGCAGCAGCAACAGCAGUCUAAGGGCAGUAUUGUAACUGGUUAUGCUGCUAGGGGCCAGACCCCUAACUCCACCACCCAGUACCAGCCCCCCAAUAUAAAUCAGCCAAAUUACACCAAUCAGUCCAGACCCCAGCAUCACAUGAGUGGUCAGCAUCCGGGAAGAUAUUUUUGAGAAAAAUGCCUUCACCACGGGGUCAGCACGCUUCACUGCAGAUUCAUGGAGACUAGGUGUACACUGAGAACAGUUGAAGGUCAUCAGUUGGAAAUGAAUAUUGGUCACGUUUUGUUGUUGUUGUACAAUAUAGUCAUUUAAAGUAAGCCCUCAGUUAUAAUGAGGUUAUUGUCAGUAUGCUUGUUUUUUUCACAAGGGAAACAGCUUUAUUGUUUUCAUGGCUGUUGGUUGAUCCAAUUUUUCAAAUUUGGACUGAUUGACAACGUUUGUCCAUCUUACUCAUAUUACUUAUAUAACAUUACAUAACUUACAUAACAUGACAUACAGAGAUAUGUAAAAUAUUUAUUUUUAGCACACUUAAAUUUUUUAUUUUAAUG